AUGGAGCCGUCGCCGUGUGGCCGCGGAGCCCGCGGCGGCAGCGGCAGCGGCCCAGCCCACUUGGCCCCGGGGCUGCUGGCGCCCGCGCCCCCGUCCCCGUCUCCGGCGGUGCCGCUCCCCCCGGCCAUCCCCGUGCCUCCGACGUUCCUGCGGCCCCCCAGCCUGUUCCUGCGGGCGGCCGCGGCCGGCACGGCGGGCGGGGGCUGCGCGUCGGCCCCGGGGCUGGAGAGGGCCGUGGGCGCGGCGGGCUGCGGCUACCCGCGGACGCCCAAGUGCGCGCGCUGCCGCAACCACGGCGUCGUGUCGGCGCUCAAGGGCCACAAGCGCUUCUGCCGCUGGCGGGACUGCGCGUGUGCCAAGUGCACCCUGAUAGCCGAGCGCCAGCGCGUCAUGGCCGCGCAGGUGGCGCUGCGCCGGCAGCAGGCGCAGGAGGAGAGCGAGGCCCGGGGGCUGCAGCGGCUGCUGUGCGCGGGGCCCUGCGGCCCGGCGGGUCGGGCGGCCGGAGGCGGCGGCAGGGCCGAGGAGGCCGGGGCCCCGAGCGGCCCUGCGGCGGGGGCGCGGACGGGCACGGGCCCGGGCCCGGGCACGGGGACGCCGCUGGGACUCGGUGCCUCGAGGCAGGCGGGUCUGGCGGCCGCUGCUCUCCAGGUGGGCCGGCCGGACGAGACGGAGCCCAAACAAGAACUAAAAGAGAGUAAAUGUGACUCAUGCCAGAAUGGACAACAAGAGCCAGUCUCUAAAUCCCAUCAGCGUACUCUGGGAUCAUCUCCUAAGUCUAAUGGGGUCAUUGGAAAACAAAACAUCAGGCCAUCUAUUUCAGAAAGCUCAAACAAGGAAGAUAUUAUUCAGCCUCUUCACCCCGGGGAUCUAUCAGGAGGGGAAGAGAGUCCCAGGUCCCUGUCAUCAUCUGAUCUGGAAUCAGGAAAUGAAAGUGAGUGGGCCAAAGACUUCACUGCUACCAGAGCCAGCCUUUCCACGCUGUCCUCAAGACCAAGAGACCCUCUCGAUAUCCUAACCAGGAUUUUCCCAAGUUAUAGGCGUAGCCGGCUGGAAGGCAUUUUACGCUUCUGCAAAGGAGAUGUGGUUCAAGCCAUUGAACAGGUCCUAAAUGGGAGAGAACAUCAACCAGAGACCAGGGACUUAGCAAACUCAGGAGAAUUGGAAAAUACAGCUUUUCAGAGAGCUUCAAACUUUAGUUUAGGUGGAAUUGGUUUUGGAACUCUGGGGAAUAAAUCAGCUUUCUCUCCUCUUCAAACUGCUUCUGCUUCUUAUGGAGGUGAUUCAGGUGUCUACAGCUUAAAUCCUAGAUUAGGUAUCAAUCCAUUACGCCUGGCAUAUUCCUCUCCAGGAAGAGGGCUCUCUGGUUUUAUGUCUCCUUACCUAACUCCGGGGUUGGUACCAGCAUUGCCUUUUCAGCCUGCUUUGGAUUAUGCAUUUUCAGGAAUGAUUAGGGAGUCUUCCUACCUUCCCAGCAAAGACUCAGUAACUGGUGGCAGAUUGUAUUCCAGGCCAAAUCAGGACAAUCUGUAA